GAUUCGAUAUUCCGUCCACAAGAAACGACCACUUUCAUUGUUCUCACUAUCACUCUCACUUGGUCAUUCAAACCACAGAAUACGACGGAUUAGAUCCGUCUGUGCAGGACCAAUUGUACUGAUGCAGCAUCGAGCCCCUGGAAGUGCGUCCUACCCCUCAGUGGCAUGAACACUGAGAUAUCACAAUCCUGGUUUCAUCAUGGGCUUGCAGCUCAGAACGAUUUUCAUCCUGUUGGUGAUACAGGAGACGAUCCUGUCCACCCAGCAAGAUUGCGGUAGGAGCGUCAGAAGGUCGAGGCAACCACGUGUGGGAUCUCUUGGGAGGAUUAUCCAAGGGAAGCAGAGCGUAAGGGGAGCUUGGCCUUGGCAGGUUUCUUUGCAACUCCUGCAUCCUGAGUUUGGAUUUCUUGGACAUUGGUGUGGAGGUACGUUAAUAACUCAAGACUGGCUACUUACUGCUGCACAUUGUGUAAAAAAUGAUCUUUUUAACCUACCCCUUCCACCCUUAUGGACUGCUGUACUAGGAGAUUGGGAUCGUGAUGUCGAAGAAAACUCAGAGGAAAGAAUACCUGUUGAAGAUAUCAUCAUUCAUGAACGAUUCCAUAACUACCAACAUGAUAUUGCAUUGAUGAAGUUGUCACGACCUGCUAAAAUAAUGGGUGAUAGCAGAAUAAGAUCCGUGUGUCUUCCAACUAAGAGACUUUCCUAUAACCAAACCGCCAAGUGUGUUGCCACUGGUUGGGGAAGAGAUGUUGAAGAUGGUUUGUUACCAGGUAAACUUCUGGAAGCCAAGGUACCAGUUCAUGAUAAUGCCGUGUGUAGGAAGAAGUACGGCCACACAGUUACCAUAAAAUCUGGACAUCUUUGUGCUGGUCAUUUGGAUGGAUCUUCCGGAACUUGUGUCGGUGACAGUGGUGGUCCCCUCCAGUGUGUUCUAAAGGAUGGAAGAUGGAUACUAGCAGGAAUAACAUCCUUCGGUUCUGGAUGCGCCAAGCCAGGAUUUCCAGAUGUUUAUACUAGACUUUCAUAUUAUUUACCUUGGAUCAGAUCGAAAGUGAAAUCGUUAACUACAGUUUUGUGAUACAUAAAUGGGUUCUGUA